GCGGCGGCGGCGGCGACUGCGGACGCAAAGCAAGGCGAGGAGGAACCGGAGAAGCCAGAGGAAGGAGCGCGGGCAGCCGGAGCCUCCGGGUGCCGUCUGCUCGCCGGAGGUAGGGGCUGCCCGGCCCCCUCCCGCCUCUCGGUCCCCUCCCCUGACUGGCCCGCCCCGCCUUGGCAGGCCUGAGCCCGGGCACACGGCAGCCCGCGGCGGGUCGCCGCGCCAGCCAAGUUGGGAUGGGGGCCCGCAACCACCGCCCGGCGCCACGGAGGCCACCUGCGUGCUAGAGGCAAACUUUUGUCUCUCUCGGGCUGCUACCCAGGACGAUGAGCAGCUGAGAUGGAGACAUCAGCCUCGACCACUGCCGCGGAGAAGCAGGAAGCCAAAAGUGGGAUCCUGGAGGGCAGAAGCUUCCCCGACUCGGGCAAAAAGGCCUCUCCUCUGGUGGUGGCUGCCGCGGCUGCAGCUGCCCAAGGAGUGCCACAGCACCUCUUGCCACCGUUCCAUGCGCCCUUCCCGAUUGACGUGCGACACCAGGAGGGAAGGUACCAUUACGAGCCUCACUCUGUCCACGGUGUGCACGGGCCCCCCACCCUGAGCGGCAGCCCUGUCAUCUCCGACAUCUCCUUGAUCCGGCUUUCCCCACACCCUGCUGGCCCUGGGGAGUCCCCCUUCAAUGCCCCCCACCCGUACGUGAACCCCCACAUGGAGCACUACCUCCGCUCUGUGCACAGCAGCCCCACGCUCUCCAUGAUCUCUGCAGCCAGGGGCCUCAGCCCCGCUGAUGUGGCCCAAGAGCACCUUAAGGACAGGGGACUGUUCGGCCUCCCUGCCCCAGGCACCAACCCCUCAGACUAUUACCACCAGAUGACCCUCAUGGCCGGCCACCCUGCACCUUACGGGGACCUGCUGAUGCAGAGCGGGGGUGCUGCCAGCACGCCCCAUCUCCAUGACUACCUCAACCCAGUGGACGUGUCACGUUUCUCCAGCCCAAGAGUGACACCCCGCCUGAGCCGCAAGCGGGCGCUGUCCAUCUCCCCUCUCUCAGAUGCCAGCCUUGACCUGCAGCGCAUGAUCCGGACCUCUCCCAACUCGCUGGUGGCCUACAUCAACAACUCUCGCAGCAGUUCCGCAGCCAGUGGCUCCUACGGGCACCUGUCGGCAGGCGCCCUCAGCCCAGCCUUCACCUUCCCCCACCCCAUCAACCCCGUGGCCUACCAGCAGAUCCUGAGCCAACAGAGGGGCCUGGGCUCAGCUUUUGGGCACACACCACCCCUGCUCCAGCCCUCACCCACCUUCCUAGCCCAGCAGCCCAUGGCCCUCGCCUCCAUCAGUGCCACACCCUCCCAGCUCAGCAGUAGUAGCAAUUGUCUGGGUGAUGCCAACCAGAACAAGCAGAGCAGUGAGUCGGCUGUGAGCAGCACUGUCAACCCCAUAACCAUUCACAAACGGAGCAAGGUCAAGACCGAGGCCGAGGGCCUACGGCCAGCCUCCCCACUGGCCCUGACUCAGGAGCAACUGGCCGACCUCAAGGAAGACCUGGACAGGGAUGACUGUAAGCAAGAGGCUGAAGUGGUCAUCUAUGAGACCAACUGCCACUGGGAAGACUGUACCAAGGAAUAUGACACCCAAGAGCAGCUGGUGCACCACAUCAACAACGAGCACAUCCACGGGGAGAAGAAGGAGUUCGUGUGCCGCUGGCAGGCCUGCACGCGGGAGCAGAAGCCCUUCAAGGCUCAGUACAUGCUGGUGGUGCACAUGCGGCGCCACACGGGCGAGAAGCCCCACAAGUGCACGUUUGAGGGCUGCUCAAAGGCCUACUCUCGCCUGGAGAACCUGAAGACGCACCUGCGGUCCCACACCGGGGAGAAGCCGUACGUGUGUGAGCAUGAGGGCUGCAACAAGGCCUUCUCCAAUGCCUCGGAUCGCGCCAAACACCAGAACCGCACCCACUCCAACGAGAAACCCUACAUCUGCAAGAUCCCGGGCUGCACCAAGAGGUACACAGACCCCAGCUCUCUCCGGAAGCACGUGAAGACAGUCCAUGGCCCAGAUGCCCAUGUCACCAAGAAGCAGCGAAACGAUGUGCACCUCCGCACACCACUGCUCAAGGAGAAUGGGGAGAGCGAGGCCAGCACCGAGCCUGGUGGCCGGGCUUCCGAGGACAGUGCUGAGGCCAACAGCACCAUCCAGGCUGUGGAGGACUGCCUGCACAUCAAAGCCAUCAAGACCGAGAGCUCCGGGCUGUGUCAGUCCAGCCCCGGGGCCCAGUCAUCCUGCAGCAGUGAGCCCUCUCCCCUGGGCAGUGCCCCCAACAAUGACAGUGGCGUGGAGAUGCCGGGGACGGGGCCCGGGAGCCUGGGAGACUUGACGGCGCUGGAUGAUCCGCCCCCAGGGGCCAAUGCCUCAGCCCUGGCUACCCCCUCCACUGGUGGCUUGCAGCUGCGCAAACACAUGACCACCAUGCACCGGUUUGAGCAGCUCAAGAAGGAGAAGCUCAAGUCACUCAAGGAUUCCUGUUCAUGGGCCGGGCCAGCUCCACACACCCGGAACACCAAGCUGCCUCCCCUCCCGGGAAGUGGCUCCAUGCUGGAAAACUUCAGCGGCAACGGGGGUGGCGGCCCAGCAGGGCUGCUGCCCAACCCACGACUGUCCGAGUUGUCUGCCAGCGAGGUGACCAUGCUGAGCCAGCUGCAGGAGCGCCGGGACAGCUCCACCAGCACGGUCAGUUCUGCCUACACUGUGAGCCGCCGCUCCUCUGGCAUCUCCCCCUACUUCUCCAGCCGCCGUUCCAGCGAGGCCUCGCCCCUGGGCGCCGGCCGCCCACACAAUGCCAGCUCCGCCGACUCCUACGACCCCAUCUCCACUGAUGCAUCACGGCGCUCGAGCGAGGCCAGCCAGUGCAGUGGAGGCCCAGGGCUACUCAACCUCACGCCCGCUCAACAGUACAGCCUGCGGGCCAAGUACGCGGCAGCCACUGGUGGCCCGCCACCCACGCCGCUGCCCGGCCUGGAGCGCAUGAGCCUGCGGACCAGGCUAGCGCUGCUGGAUGCGCCCGAGCGCGCGCUGCCUGUCGCCUGUCCGCGCCCACAGGGCCCACGGCGGGGCAGUGAUGGGCCAGUCUACGGCCAUGGCCACGGCCAAAUGGGGGCUGCGCCCGCCUUUCCCCAUGAGGCCCUGGGCAGCGGCACUCGGCGGGCAAGCGACCCUGUGCGGCGGCCGGACGCCUUGGCUCUUCCGCGGGUGCAGCGCUUCCACAGCGCCCACAACGUGAACCCAGGCCUGCUGCCGCCAUGUGUAGAGAGGCGAGGCCUCCGCCUACAGAACCACUCCAGCACCGAUAGCAGCCUGGCCCACAGUGCAUAUUCACCCCGGCCGCCCAGCAUCAGUGAGAACGUGGUGAUGGAGGCUAUGGCAGCCGGAACAGGCGGUGUGGGACCCGAGGCUGACCUGGAGCUUCAGGAGGAUGACCUGGUGCUGCCGGACGACGUGGUACAGUACAUCAAGGCGCAUGCCAGCAGCUCUCUGGAUGAGAGCGCCGGGCAAGUAUACACCACAGAAGGUACCAGCUUCUCUGACAACCCCAAACUGUCCGGCCAGCGCAGGAUGGUGGGCACAGAUUCCGACCUGGGCCCCUCAGCCCCUGUGCUUGGAGGCUGCCAGCUGGGCUAUGGGCCCCCUUCCAGCCUGAACAAAGAUAACAUGCCUGUGCAGUGGAACGAGGUGAGCUCUGGCACCAUGGAUGCCCUGGCUAGCCAGGCAAAGCCACCACUCUUUCCUCAGGGCAACCUUGCCACAGUGCAGCAAAAGCCAGCCUUUGGCCAGUACCCAGGCUAUAGUCCACAAGGCCUUCAGGAGAGCCCUGGGGGCCUGGACAGAACCCAGCCACACCUUCAGCCCCGGAGCGGCACCUCCUCCACACCCAGGGUUAACUACAUGCAGCAGCUGCGACAGCCAGCAACAGGUGGCCAGUGUGCCAACAUGACCACCGUUAUGAGCCCCCAGACAGGCUAUGGGCAAGCCCACUCCCAGCUGAGCCCCAGCACCAUGAGUGGAGCCCUGAACCAGUUUCCCCCAUCCUGCAGCAACAUGACUGCCAAGCCAGGCCACUUGGGGCACCCUCAGCAUGCAGAAGUUGCCUCCAACACCAUCAUGAUGGGCAGUCGUCUUAGGGAACUUGGGGUCCCCAAUUCUACCCUGGCUGGGGGCUCAUCACCUCAUCCAGUCCAGAGCUACCCACAGCAGAGCCAUCACCUGACAGCUCCCAUGAGCCAGGAAGGAUACCGCCAAGGCCCCAGCCUUCUACCUUCCCACCAGCCUGGCUUCAUGGAGCCCCAGCCGGGCACAAUGGGGGUGUCUACAACAAGCUUUGGCCUAGUGCAGCCCCGUCCACCCCUUGAGCCUAACCCUGCUGGCCGCCACCCUGGGGUGCGUGCUGGACAGCAACAGUUGGCCUAUGCCAGGGCCACUGGCCAUGCCAUGGCUGCUGUGCCAGCCAGCCAGGAAACAGCAGAAGCUGUGCCCAAGGGAGUGAUGGGCAACAUGGUGUCACUGCCAUCUCAGCCGCCUCCACAGGACAUGGGUGGGGCCCAGGACCACAGCAUGCUCUACUAUUACGGCCAGAUCCACAUGUACGAACAAGAUGAAGGCCUGGAGAACCUCGGAGGCUGCCAGGUCACACGGUCCCAGCCACUGCAACCACAAGCCUGCCCAGACAGCAUCCAGCCCCAGCCCUUGCCGUCCCCAGGGGUCAAUCAGGUGUCUAGCACCGUGGACUCCCAGCUCCUGGAGGCCCCCCAGAUUGACUUUGAUGCUAUCAUGGAUGACGGUGAUCACUCGAGUUUGUUCUCGGGUACACUGAGCCCCAGCCUCCUCCACAGCCUCUCCCAGAGCUCCUCCCGCCUCACCACCCCCAGAAAUCCUCUGACUCUGCCCUCCAUCCCCACAGGCAUCAGCAACAUGGCUGUGGGUGACAUGAGCUCCAUGCUCACCAGCCUGGCUGAGGAAAGCAAGUUCCUGAACAUGAUGACCUGAAGCCCAAGCCCCAGUGCCAAGCGGACCCAGAGGGGCCAUCACUAUCCAGAGCAUGGAGGUUUUGCCUGUUUUGUCUUUUUCCCAAAAAGUAUUAAAUAGGCCUGAGGGAUUUUUGCGAAUGGCUAGUUCAGAUGACAGAGAUUUUAUGAGAAGGUUUAUGGGCAUGCUCUCUGAUCUUUUGGGUUAUUUUUCAGAACACUUAAAAGGAAAAAGUCUCAAUAGGGAAGGAAAAGAAGGAAUGAAAAACCCACACAUGCAGUGCUUUCCAGCCUUCCUUGUUUAUGGGAAUAUGCUACUCAGGCUUCUUUGCUUCUAUCAUUGGGCUAAUGAGGGAUUAUGUGGGCCAAGAGCUUUCUAAGGACAUGCAGAAAGAGGGUAGGGAAGCCACAUGUGGGUUGGAAUCUGAAAGCAUAGUGGAUAUACUGCUUCCAAAAGAUGAGCUGAUCAUUCUUCUGCCUGCAAAGAAAAGGAAUUCCUGGCCCGUUCGAAUUCUUCUAUGAAGCUUAAUGCUUGUGGUCUCUAAUGUCCCUUGCCAUGAAGGAACAAAAUAGAUUCUACCUGGGUGAUUUGGAAGCACAUGCUGAUUCCAGGUUUGAUAGAGCUGGCAUCUCUACCCCCAUAAAGCCACGUUUGGGACCUGCAGCCCAUCCAAUGUAUAUGAAUAAACAGAGUAUGUAAGUAUCACCAGAAAAAGUAAAGAAAUAAUUAUACUACUUGGGGGCAAAUCCAGUAGCUGCCCUGGCCUCUCCAGACCCUGUUCAGUGUUUGCAUGUAGAAUGUGGCCCUUCCUGAAAAGAACACUUGUCUCCAUAUACCUCGGGGCUGCUUUGAUACUGUGGGGGGGGAGGGGGUGAUGGGGCAUGAAGAGGUGAGGGUGCACCUGGGGCCCGGCCUCGGGCUGCCCUGAGGGUCUCACAGUAGGAAGAAGUCACAUGUUUACCUGAACCCCUUUUCUCCACUGCACUAUCCCCCUACUUUACCAUGGAAAACUCCAGGGCUUGAAGGCAGCUUCUGCCCAGGCUCUCUAGGCUGCACCACCCACUCGCAGCAGCCUGGUAGUUUCCGCCACGCCACAGCGUUCUGUUCUGGAUUAUCUAGAUUCCCUUCUCUCUGCCCUCCUGGUCAUGUGUCAGAGAACGAUGACAUCCAUGGUGUUCUGGGUGAGGGUGGAAAGGUGAAGGGGUUGGUCCCUGGGACUCUGAUGGACUGUCACUAAUUUUUCCUGUUUGGUGUGACCAAGCCCCACCUAGAAAUGGAAUUUGGAACUGGCUUCAGAAGACAUUAUUGCUGAACAUACUGUAGGGUGACUUGGUGCAUCUUCCACACCACACACAUGAGUACCCAAACGUGUAUCCCAAAACUUCUCACGUUGAAUUUGUGGCGUCCUUGCCAAACCGAUGACACUACUCUGAGCUUGAUUCUGACUGUGGCCCUGGCUUCAAUGAAGGACUAUCCUAGUAGAAUCUGUGGAGAGGGCCGAAAUUAUCUGGGCCUUCUGCAUCUCAGCACAUUAAUCUCUGUUAAGAUUCAGAGACAAGGCCAACUUCAAACCAGAGCCAAGGGACACUGCCAACAGUCUGUGGCUCUGUGGUGGUGUUCAUUCAUUUCACUCGCCAUUUCCGACCUGUGUAUAUUCUGUACAGAAGACACCAUCCCUGAAUAUACUGUAGGUGAAUCGUUCAGCCAAAUUUAUAUUUCCAAAACAUUUUUAGCUUUUUCUACAUGCUAUGAAUUGAGAUGACAUGCUCAAAUUGUAAAUACGUCUUUUUGUACAUUAAAAAAGUAAUUUUUUCAUAAUUUAUCUUGUCUGUCUGCUUCUCCCUUGACAGUAGUUAAUGAGAACCUGGCAGUAAAUUUGGUGCAUUUGAACAGAAAUUAGGCAGUAUUUUUUCUUAACGGUGUCAAAAUUGACUAUGCUGCCUUAGCCAAGAAAUGCUUAAUGCUGAGGCA